CAUGCCCUUUUGCCGUAAUGCCAACCCGGUGUCUGACAACACGAAGAAGAUGUAGUAACUUGCAGGUUACAAACAGAAGGUUAACCAGGCUGACAGCUGUUCUUUAACAAGUUGACGGCUCCUGAAGAGUCAGCACGGUUUAAUAUUAUUUGUGUUAUGUGAAGGGUACAGUGGUUUUACCAGGACUGUGAAUGAGCACCAUGGCUUCAGCCCCUCCACUCAGGCGGACAGAUUCCGCUUUUGGGGAGUUUUCUCCGCUUAAGCACUUUGUUGUCGCUAAGAAAAAGAUCAGCGACGUGUUUGAACAACUUCUCAGCUACGUGAAGGAGACUUCAGAGUUUGUAGAAGACAUCCAUGGGAACAUAGCUUUGGGGAACAUCGCUACAAAAGAUCAGAUGAUGGAGAUUCAGGCGUAUGCUGAUAAACUCUCUGUUAUAAAGGAGGUGCUAGCUCGCAGACACAUGAAGGUGGCCUUUUUUGGCAGGACCAGUAACGGUAAAAGCACAGUGGUCAACGCCAUGCUGAGGGAUCGCGUGCUACCCAGUGGGAUUGGCCACACCACCAACUGCUUCCUGAGUGUGGAGGGUACCGAUAACGACAAGGCCUACCUCAAGACGGAGGGCUCUGAAGAGGAGAAGAGCAUUAAGACUGUAAACCAGCUGGCUCACGCGCUUCACAUGGAUAAAAGUCUGGACGCCGGCUGUCUGGUCCGUGUCUUCUGGCCAAAAACGAAGUGCGCUUUGCUCCGAGAUGAUCUGGUCCUUGUCGACAGUCCUGGAACUGAUGUCACAACAGAGCUGGACAGCUGGAUCGACAAGUUCUGCUUGGAUGCUGACGUCUUUGUGCUGGUAGCAAAUUCAGAGUCUACCCUCAUGAACACGGAAAAACACUUUUUCCACAAAGUAAACGAGCGUCUCUCAAAGCCAAACAUCUUCAUCCUCAACAACCGCUGGGACGCCUCGGCAAACGAGCCAGAGUACAUGGAGGAUGUGAGGAAGCAGCACACAGACCGCUGUGUGAACUUUCUGGUGGACGAGCUAAAAGUUGUCGAGCGUGAUCAGGCGCCCAAUCGCAUCUUCUUUGUGUCUGCAAAGGAGGUUCUGAACUCCCGAAUGCAGCGCGCUCAGGGCAUGCCUGAAACAGGUGGAGCUUUGGCUGAAGGAUUCCAGGAGAGACUGAAGGAGUUCCAGAGUUUUGAAAGAAGGUUUGAGGAGUGUAUCUCGCAGUCAGCAGUGAAAACAAAGUUUGAGCAGCACACUAUCAGGGCCAAGCAGAUCUCAGAACAAGUCAAGACCAUCAUGGAUGCCAUCAACAUUGAUGCGGCGGAGAAGCGAGUAGCAGCGCUGGAGGACAGGGAGUAUCAGAAAGACCGUCUGGAGUUUGUUAAGAACCAGCUCAACCUUCUAAUUGAUGACAUUAAGAAGAAGAUCAAAGCCAUCAGUGAGGAUGUGGAGUCCAAGGUGUCUGUUGCCAUGGGAGACGAGAUCAGCCGUCUUCACGUGAUCGUUGACGAGUUUCACACUGAUUUCCAUCCUUCACCUCAUGUCCUGAAGAUCUACAAGUCUGAGCUGCUGUCUCACGUGGAGGAAGGGAUGGGAAAGAACCUGGCUUUCCGCUGCUCCAGCGCCAUCAACGCCUCUGUCCAGUCCUCUCAGAAUUACAUGAUAGAGAGCAUGCUGCCUCUGCUUCCCUCUGCGGCCCAGAGCCAAGUCUCCAUGCUGGUUCCUAACAGAACCUUUGACCUGAGCUACGACCUAAACUGCGCCACCAUCUGCAGCGACUUCCAGGAAAACAUCGAGUUCCAGUUCUCUUUGGGCUGGAAGUGUUUAGUCCACCGGUACCUGGGAUCCGUUAACGCACAGAAGGCUCUCACUCUGGUGAACAAGAACUUCCAGACGUCUCAGCCAGCACUGCCUAUGGCCCAAACACCUUCAUCAGGGCCCCCGUCCAUGGCAGCACCACCUAACAAUGAGAGAGCCCUCAUGACCCAGGAAGAUCUGAUGGUAGCCAUGGCAACCAACGUGGCAUCUCUCACUUCUCGUGCUUCAAUGACCGUAAUUGUUGUUGGAGGAGUGGUGUGGAAAACCGUUGGCUGGAGGCUCAUUGUCCUGUCGGCAUCCCUCUAUGGCCUGCUGUACCUGUACGAGAGACUCACCUGGACAACAAAAGCAAAGGAACGUGCUCUGAAACGACAGUUUGUGGACUACGCCACAGAGAAACUGCAGCUCAUCGUCAGCUUUACUAGUGCAAACUGCAGUCAUCAAGUCCAACAGGAGAUGGCCACAACCUUUGCUCGGCUCUGUCAGCAGGUGGACCAGACGCAGAAGGAGCUAGAGGCAGACAUCCUUCAGCUGACAACCAAGAUAGAUCAGCUGGAGAAAGUCCAGAUGCACUCAAAGAGCCUGAGACAUAAAGCCACAGAGCUGGAGAAACAGUUGGAAGAAUUUACAAACCAAUACCUGCAGCCUCAGCAGUGAAACUGCUCCUCUUCACCGCUCUGAAGUUUGGAUCUUAUGAAGCCGCCCCAGAACACCACCAGCCUGUAGAUGCUGGUCCUGAAAUCUGUAAAUCAGAUGAUCAGCCAUGUGUAAUGUGUUUAAUGAAACGUGAGGCCCUUUAGUUAACAAAACUGCAUUCUUCUUCCCUUUGUUAAAAUUUGUAAAAGCUUUUUAUUUUUUGCUUUUACAUGCGUUACUUUUCCAGAAACACACAGUGCUUACCUCUCUUUCCCAGUCAAAGCAGGAGCAGCAGUGGAACUGUAAAACAGCCACAAGAGGGCGACUGGUUCCUGGUCAAAAGGCUGCAGGUGGCUGUAGUUUGACACUAAAUUUGCUGUGACUUCAAAUGUGUAUAUGCCUUUUAUAAAAACACCUUUUGGUUGAGUGAAUUAAGUGUUUCUCUAAGAAUACGGAUAUUAUUUUUGCUCAGACAUGAUCAUUUCUAUGUUAAAGGAAAGAAUAUAAGAAACUUUACUGCAAGGAAUCAUUCAUAUAGAAGGGAAUGCACGUCUUCAGAAUACUGUAGUUUGUUCUAUUUUCUAACAAUCCAAACUGUAAAGUUGACAGACUGAAAAUCUUUAGACUUUUAUAAUACUCUUAUUUUAUUUAUAAAUAGAAUUAACUGGCAUUUACAUCAUAUUUCAUUUCAUAAUCCUUUUGUUUUUUAAUGUGUGGAAAUGCAUCAGCAUCUACCAGAUUGUAUUAAACAAAAUUUUCUUAAA